CCGACAAUGAAGAAAAUUAUGAGUGGAGAGAUCAAUGGGAAGGCCAAGAUUGUGCUUUCUGGACCUUCAAACAGUACUAGUUCAAUGGUGGCAGCAAUAUGUUAUACAUGGUUGAUGGAGAAUAGGAUGAAGGCUGAUAAUGAGGGAAGAGGGAGUGAAGGAACUAAUGGGGAAUUACUGGUGCCUGUGAUGAAUAUGAGGAGAGGGAAAAUGUGGAAGCAGAAGCAAGCUGCUUGGCUUUUUCACCAUGUUGGUAUUGAUGCUUCUGCUUUACUUUUCUCUGAUGAGGUGGAUUUGGAAACGUUAAUGAUGACUAAGAAGUUGAGCAUCCUCAUCAUUGGCGAAGACAUUCUCCAAAAAAAUGGCGAGGUUGGAUCUGCAUGUACCAUUCUUACCGACAACUACUGCGAGGAUGCCUAUGAUUUGCUCCAAACCCCCAUGCUGAAGAAACUUCUGCUUGCAGGUAUUCUAUUAGACACACAAAACUUGAAUCCAUCUGCUAAGUUGUCUAUGACUAGAGAUUCAGAGGCAAUUCAACUGCUCCUAGUAGGAUCAGCUCCCACUUACAGAAAUUCUCUAUUUGAUCAAUUGAUGCAAGAUCAAAGAGAUGACGCUUUCUCUGGAGUUUUGCAGAAAAAUUAUGUCAAGCCUCCUACUGAGUGUAACAAUAGCAAGGGAUCAACACUAGAUCAGCAAAUUUCUGAUAAAAAUACUGAUCAAGAAGGGGUAGCCCCAGUUGCAGAUAAAAGUCCUAAGGACGCGCAAAAUGCUAAAGCAAACACAGUGUCGCCAAAGCCAGGUAAACCUAUACCAACACCUACAAAAUCUCCUGCAGUAACACCAGCUAAAGCACCUGAUACCAAUCGUGGAAAGAAUACUUUCUUCUUGGCAAAAUGGUUCGGAUUUGGCUCGAAAUGAAAACAAAAGAGAUCCAUGUUGUCAUUGAAUUAUCGGUGUGAUGGUGUGCUGUUUAAAGUUUUAUGAUUCUUUGUGAAG